GGAGGAGAGUCGAUUCGGCGUAGGGCGCAUGCGCGCGCGGAGGAGGCGCGGCGAGCCAAUCGGGGCGCUGCUUCUUGAAUGGUGGGUGGCGGCGCCCGGAAGCAGCUGCUGGGUGGAGGUUGAGGGUGCUGCUCGAGCCGCUGACGCAGGCACCUGGAAGAAUGACAUUUUGCUGACCACCUCUGCAAAGCCAUUCACCUUUCCCCACCUGUAACCCAUGUGCAUUCUUUUCUUUAAGUUUGACCCGCGACCUGUGUCCAAAAAUGCCUACAGGCUUAUCCUAGCAGCUAACAGAGAUGAAUAUUACCACAGGCCCUCAAAAUGUGCCGAUUUUUGGGACAGUAGCAGUGAGAUUCUCAGUGGCUUGGAUAUGGAAGAAGGGAAAGAAGGCGGCUCCUGGCUUGGCAUCAGCAGGAAAGGCAAGAUGGCCGCCUUGACCAAUUACAUGCAGCCUCAGAUAAACAAGCAGGCAAAAGGAAGAGGUGCUCUGGUGACCAAUUUCUUGACAUCAGAAAUGGACAGCUACUCUUAUUUGAAGAAAGUGGCCUCGGAAGGACACCUUUACAAUGGCUUUAAUUUGAUCGCAGCAGACUUAAGCACCACUAACGGAGAUGUAAUGUACUAUUAUGGAAACAAAGGAGACCUGGAACCUCUCUUCCUAAAUCCCGGGAUAUACGGCUUGAGCAAUUCUUUGCUGGAUACGCCCUGGAAGAAACUUCAGUAUGGGAAGCAGCUUUUUACAGAUGUCAUCAAACACAGCCAGAACCUCAAGAAGGAAGAGCUGAUCCAGGAGCUGAUUAAACUGAUGAAUAACCAGGACCCUCAGCUUCCGGACCCUGCCAUGGAGGAUCAGGGAAAGGAUUACGUCCUUCCAUUCCUAAACAAGUACGCAGCUCUGUGUGUCCGAUGUCCAAAUUAUGGAACCAGAGCGAACACCGUCAUUCUUGUGGACGGGGGAGGCCACGUCACCUUCACCGAACGCACCAUGCUGAACGCAGAUAUCGAUCAAUGGAAAACCAGCACUUACCAGUUUCAACUGCAAAUCUAGUGGCUUUCCUGUGGAUCAAUUGGAAAGAUCAAGUGAAAAGAAAGUGGCUGGUCUCAAUCAAGCAAGGACCGAGUCAGCAUUUAAAGGGAGCGGAUUCUCUUUAACAUUGCCUAGAUCACUGUAGCAUUUGUGGAAGAAAAAGAAAAACCAAACAAAACUAUUUUAUUUUAUUAUUUUUUUUUUGGCACAAAAUCCAGAAACAGAACUAUUUGAAUAAAAAAAGCAGACUCUA